AUGAAGCCCGACGCAGCGCGCGAGCCGGAGCCGCUGAUUCCCGGUCGGGGCGCCGAGCCCGAGGGGCGCUGGCGCGAGAGGGGCGAGGCGGACACGGAGCGACAGCGCACCCGCGAGCGCCAGGAGGCCACGCUGGCGGGGCUGGCGGAGCUGGGGUACCUGCGGCAACGCCAGGAGCUGCUGGUGCGCGGCGCGCUGCGCUGCUCCGGGACCUCGGCGACUGUCGCGCCUCGCUCCGGGGAGCUGCGGGGGGACGCGGCGCAGCGCAGCCGUCUGGAGGAGAAGUUCCUGGAGGAGAACAUCUUGCUGCUGCGGAGGCAGUUGAACUGCUUGAGGAGAAGAGAUGCUGGUCUGCUGAAUCAGCUGCAGGAACUUGACAAGCAGAUAAGUGACCUGAGACUGGAUGUUGAAAAGACGUCUGAAGAGCAGCUGGAAACGGACAGCCGGCCCAGCUCAGGGUUUUAUGAGCUGAGUGACGGGGCUUCAGGAUCCCUUUCUAAUUCCUCUAAUUCCGUGUUCAGUGAGUGUUUGUCCAGUUGCCAUUCCAGCACCUGCUUUUGCAGCCCCUUGGAGGCAGCUUUGACUAUCUCUGAUGGUUGCCCCAAAUCUGCAGAUCUCAUAGGAUGGUUGGAAUGUAAAGGCGGCCACUGUGAAGACCAGGCCUCCGGGGCAAUUUGCAGUUCCCCCUCCACACCACAAUUUAAUUCCCUUGAUGUCAUUGCAGAUGUGAAUCCUAAAUACCAGUGUGAUCUGGUGUCUAAAAACGGGAAUGAUGUAUAUCGAUAUCCUAGUCCGCUUCAUGCCGUGGCUGUGCAGAGCCCAAUGUUUCUCCUUUGUCUGACGGGCAGCUCUCUGCGGGAAGAGGAGGGGCUUGGGAGCCAUGCCAGUGACAUUUGCCUCGGAUCUGAACUGACCGCCACCAAAACUGAUAACUCCUUGCCAUCUCCGAGCAGUUUGUGGUCAACUUCCCAUCCUUCUUCAUCCAGUAAGAAAAUGGAUGGCUACAUUCUGAGCCUGGUCCAGAAAAAAACACACCCCGUAAGGACCAAUAAACCUAGAACGAGUGUGAACGCUGACCCAACCAAGGGGCUUUUGAGGAAUGGAAGUGUGUGUGUCAGGGUCCCUGGUGUUGUUGUCCCACAAGGCAGUGGUGUGAACCUUAAGAAUACGAAACAGAUGUGUUUGCCCUCUGGGGGAAUAGCCUCUUUGGAAACUGGGCCAUUCUCCCCACCUAAGCAGAAGUCAAAAGACUCAAAGGCGGAGCCCUUGGAAAGCAAGAGGUUGGCUCUGCUGGAGGGCUGCUCGGCCAGCACGGCCAUGGAACCCCCAAGCAAGCAUCUGCCCAAAACGGCCAAGGCAGCCUCUCAAGAGCUCGUAAGGUGUCCGACGGGGCUGGGGGAGUCCCCGAAGGAAAGCGGCCAGGUCUCAGCUGUCUCUCCUAAAGCCAGUCCCGGCAGAGGCCCCGUCGCUCCGGUAGAGAACAAAGCUCCGCAGCCCCAGAAGAAGAUGCCGCAGAAGGGCGGUCUCCAGGCUCUGCCUGCGGUGGACCGGCCGCCCUUGGACUUCAAAAGCGAGGGCUCGUCUCAGAGCCUCGAAGAGGGGCAUCUGGUGAAAGCUCAGUUCAUCCCAGGGCAGCAGGCGGGAGCCAGGCCUCACCGUGCACACAGGAACCCGGGCGUCGCGAGGAGCGCCACCCUGAAGGCCCGCGGCCCCGCGGCUCCGGAGCACGGCCUGCCCACCGUUCGGGAGAAAACGCGGGCAGCAGGCAAGAAGUGCCGCUUCCCUGACGACUUGGAUACAAACAGGAAACUCAGGAAGGCCUCCUCGAAGGGCCGGCGCGGUGGGCCGCCCGAUGCGGGCCUUCCCGGCAGAGUCCUAGGCGCUAGCGGCCAUCGGGCGGGCGGCAGGGCGCACGCGCACGGACGGGAGCCGGUGGUGGCCAAACCGAAGCACAAGCGAACCGACUACCGCCGGUGGAAGUCGUCGGCCGAGGUCUCCUACGAGGAGGCCCUGCGGCGGGCGCGGCGGGCCCGCAGGGAGCACGCGGGCGCCUACCCGGUGGCCAUGGCGCUGCCCUACCCCAGCCCCUACGCCUACGUGGCCAGCGACUCCGAGUACUCGGCCGAGUGCGAGUCUCUCUUCCACUCGACCGUGGUGGACACCAGCGAGGACGAGCAGAGCAACUACACCACCAACUGCUUCGGCGACAGCGAGUCCAGCGUGAGCGAGGGCGAGUUCGUGGGCGAGAGCACCACCACCAGCGACUCCGAGGAGAGCGGGGGUUUAAUCUGGUCCCAGUUCGUCCAGACUCUCCCACUUCAAACGGUCACGGCCCCGGACCUCCACACCUGUCCCACGAAAACCUUUGUCAAGAUCAAGGCAUCGCACAACCUCAAGAAGAAGAUCCUCCGCUUCCGGUCGGGCUCUUUGAAACUGAUGACGACUGUUUGAGUGGUUGAUGUAGCCAGUGUUCCUCCUCCUGACCCCCACGUCUCUGGAAAAAAAAAAAAGUGGUGUCUUAAU